CGGCUGGCUCGUGUUCUGUGCAUCCACAUAGCUUCCAAUCCAAAGGUAGAUAGAUGUGCUUUCUUCUACAAAAUAAAAAAAAAAAAUUGAAACAAAGAGGGGAAGAUUCUGAUUAGAUUCGGGUUCCUCUUUUUCCCUUUCGUAGCCUCCCCGGCGGCGAACGAAUUGAUCCCUCCUUCCGUCCCCGCCAAUUGUUUCCCGCUUUCGGCUGCCACCAAUAUGUCUCUGCAGCUCCAGAAUCAAUUGCUAGAGUUGGAAGCUCCCACUGAUGUAUCUCAGGAAGCUGAAGCAGCUGCCGAGACAGGUUCAAUUUAUGCUCUCUGCGAUAAUAACUUCUUCUGUCGGUUGUGGAGAUAUCAGAUUGCUGGCAGUCCAUCGACUGAAGACUGUGACCAAAUCAGGCAAAUUGAAGAACUGCACGAAUACCUUGACAUGGUAGAAGAGAUGGUGAGACCAGGUUGCCCACAGGAGAUGUUGAAAGUGGCUUUAGAUUCCAUAUCCUCACUUUCAAAAACCCUAGCACUCAUAUCUUCUUCCUCUGCCCAUGGUAAACUACUACUUGCGUCCCUCUAAAGUACAUUUUGUUGUAGCUUGAACCCAGGAUCAGCUUUGCGUUGAUCCGAAAUGCCCGAAAAGGGAUUGGAGCCAUGUUAGAGCUUCGGCAAACUGUUUCUGUGUAGUCUUACCACUGUACAUUGUCGUGUAGAAGUAUACAUGUUGUAAGCUGCUAUUUUGUUGUCUGUAAUGUUUGCUCAGUAGUCAUGCUUGUCCUUAAUAAAGUCAUCUUAUUUAUUCCAUUACUCCAGACAAUACAAUGGAGCUUUCCAAAAAAAGAAAAAAUGAAAUAAAGAACAUCUAUUCAUCAAUAUUCAGAUCUACCAUUAUAAGGAAUGCGUUGAAAUUGAAUGUUUAGAGCCAAACAGAUUGUUGUUGACUGGGUAAUUGAUGCUCAGCCGAAGAUGGACCUGGUUUUAUCGUGGUUGCGGUUGAUUGAAGAGAGCACAGAGAGGACCGCCAUGCAAACGAAAGCCAAGAAAAGCAACGCGGUGGCUAAGAUCCCCAUGUUGAGGAAUUUGUCGUAGCUCUCCCUGGAAUCACGCAGCCCUGCUUCGUGUGCAUCUUCAAGCGCCUUCAUCAUCUUAUCCAGGUUCACCUUCAGAUCCGCGCACACCAGAAACCCGGCUCCAAUUCCAGUGGCCAGAAGAUAGCUCACGAGCUCGUCGCCGUAAAAAUUGAACUCCGGCAUGCAGUCAUUUCGGGACAGCCUCUUUCCCGUGGCAACGUGGUAGAUUGCGAAAGGGAGCUGGCAAACUGUGUAGAGCGCUCCGAUAAUAGCAACAGCAAGCAAGUACCUGCAUUGUAGAAAAAAAUUAUGGUUACAUUAAUAUGGUCUGCAAGAAAAAUGACCAUGUGGGGAAACCGUAAAUGUUCUUUACUUGAGAGUGAUGAGGUCUUUGAAAGUGAUCUUGGUGGGAUUGAACUCGUCGAGGGUGAAGUUCCGGAAAUCGACGCUGACUUUAACGGUGUUGAAGACCAGAACAAGAACAGAGGCUGCCAGGAUGAACAGAGUGCUGAGCCUCAGAACCAUGACCACCGUCCAUUGGCGUUGUGAAGCCAUUUUUUGGUUUUGAAAGAUUGGUGUAUGAUGUAAUCUUCUUACUGCUCUCUCCCUCACAACUGGGUAUUUUGACUUCUUUAUGUUCCUGUUUAGUUACAUUGGUACGAUGGCUAGCUUUUAUACAGAUCCCUGUCGUUUGGCCUUUGCAAAUGUAGGCCAUUGCGGAGCUGUCGUUUUUGGAUUCGUAUGUUUGGGAGAUUUCGAAGGAGACAUAUGAGA